AGACGCGCCGCGGAGGGGCGCGGACGAGGGAGCGAGGCAGGCAGCCCGUCGUGGGGGCGACGCGGGCGCUUCCCCGCCUCCCGCCGCGGCUUCUCCUGCCGCCGCGGCCUGCGCUCCCUCAGGCGCCGCCUCCCUUUCUGGAAACUUCUCCGCCUCCUCCGCUCGGCCCGCCCGUCCGAGGGGGCGCUCGAGAGGUGAGCGCGGGCCCGGCUGCCGAGCGGAGAGGCGAGAGGAAGCAGGCCCAGCGCCUCGACGGAGGAGGAGCCCCCGCCGCUGUUGCCGCCAAGCGCCGCCUGGCGAGCCCCGCUGCUGCUCCGGCCGGAUCGCCGAGGGAGAGAAGCGGCCCGUGCUUGCCCGCCCGCCGGGGAGGAGCCGCGGAAGCCGCCAUGACCGCCGAGGAGGGCAAGGCCGAGGCGAUGAGCGCCGCGCCGCCUCAGGAGGGAGAAGCGGCGGCCGUGGACGUCACCCCCGGCCGCGACGGCGGAGUCCUCAAGGUAAGCGCUCCGAGCUCGCGCCCGAGGCCUGCGGCGGGGGAAGCCGGACAACAGCCCCGCGGAGUAGGACAGCCGUGGUGACGCCUCCCGCCGCCCCGCACGUGAGAGCGGGACAGGCCUUGGAAGGAUCCCGGGAGGCGAGGCCCAGGGAAUUCCCGGGAAGGUGCGCCCUGAGUGUAGGAGAAGGUGGUCUGGAAGGUGCCCGAGGCAUGCGGAGGAGGGAGUCGCUGUUCCGUUUGCUCCCGGGAGGGAAGGGUCAGACUCGGGCUUCAAAUCCAUUUCAGUGUUUAGGCUCAAGAACUUGCGGAGUAGCAGCAGAGUGCCUCUGAGCAUGUGCAGAAUGCCCUUCUCGCCCCCGAUUUGUAUCCCGGCAACUUUUCCUGGCCUGCGCUUUUAACAACAUGAGAAUGAGGGUACGAUGUGCGUCUCCCCCGUCCUACGCUGUCACUUCCCUUCCUAAAUUUCUGUAUUGCCAAGAUAGCUGUUCUUACCUGUCACUAAAUGGCCACCCUACUAGAUACUGUUGAUUUUAUUCACCCUACAUGUAUAUUCCCCAAGUGAUAGAUAGAUAUCUAAUCAAUCACUUGGGGCAGCUUACAACAAAUUGAAAUCACAGUAUUACCCUGAAACAAAAACAUUAUGCAGUAAAAUACAAUGCAGGAAAAGGAGGUGUAACAGAUAAAAACCAAUUCAGUAAGCAGCCUUGGCAAGAUAAUGCACCUAGGCAGCAGCCUCACAGGUCACAGGAGUUUGGUCUUUAUUUUUUCCUGGAAUGCAUGGAUCACUUCAGACCACUGAGUGUGUAUGGAUGGAUGAGGGGGUAGUGACACCUAAAUUAAGACAUGACUUGCAAAGGAAUGAAGUGCAUAUUGAUGAGGGUUGGUAUAAUUGCUUCUCUUGGUGGUGCCUUAUGUUUCUUUAACAUCCACUUAACUGUGUGUUGCACACAGGUAGGCCCUGCCAUGACCAACUACAAGUUUCCUACAACACUACUUUCCGGAGGGGUAGUCAGUUACCAGAUCACAUCAUGCAGAAGAGGCUUAAUUCUUCUCAGUGGUUACAUAUCGGCUUCUGUGUUAGAAUAAAAUAGUGCAGACCACUGUGCAGAAUACAGACCCUUGUGAGCAGGCAGGAGAGUUGCAUAUGCAUCAGGUUGCUGAACCACUCUGGGUGGUAGCAAAGGAAUAUUGUGUUUUGCUUUAGCUUUUAUUUAAACUUAUAUUUUAUAGGUUCCUUAAAAUUAGUAGAAAUCAAAAAACAAAACUUGGAUGGACGAUUGAUGUAUUUCUAUUUCCAAUUAUUGCUUGCAAAUUAAACCUGCAAAGUAUUUUGUAUUGUAAGCCGCUCUGUGAUCUUCAGAUGCAGGGCAGUAUAGAAAUAUCGUCAUUAUCUUUAUUGUAAGAAGCUGUUUAUAUUACUGUUCUUUAGAUAGAAAUUGAAGUUGACUCACCCAAAAUGUACAGAGGUUGGUAUUUGAUCUAGUUCAGAUCCAAGUCUGAUUUGUUCAUCAGUGUGCCUCUUGUAGUGAUAUUAUGACACCUGACAAGUAUGAACCUUUGUGAAUCACAAUUUGAAAAUGAAACUAAAAGUUAACCACUGCAGUCUUUUGUGGAAUGACAUAAACUAAGACGCACGUGCCUUAAACUGAAAUUAUAUCCCUUAAAACUGCAGACAUCAAAAUAAACCCAGAGCUUGAAAGGCUUCCAACAGUUUCUAGGGAAUAUGGACUGUGCCUUUUUUAUUGCAGUUGUUUUAGAUUAGUGUGUUAAAGGGCAGCACCAGGAACUGGGGUCAGAAACAGACUAGCAGCCAGUGAAGAGUUGCACAGCCACUUUCUGCACUAGCUGCAGUUUCUGAUCUGUCUUCAAGGAUAGCUCCAUCAUACAGUGCAUUUCAGUACAGUGGUACCUCGGGUUACAAAUACCUCGGGCUACAAACACUUCGGGUUACAGACUCCACUAACCCGGAAGUAGUACCUCAGGUUAAGAACUUUGUCCCAGGAUGAUUUCAGAAAUCACGCGGCAGCGGGAGGCCCCAUUAGCUCAAGUGGUACCUCAGGUUAAGAAUGGUUUCAGGUUAAGAAUGGACCUCUGGAACUAAUUAAGUUCGUAACCAGAGGUACCACUGUAGUCUUAACUCAGAAGUUGCCUGAGCGUUGAUAACUGUUUGGUCACUCUAUCCCUUGAUUAAAAGUCACUUUUUUCUGAAAACUGACCAACUCAAGUCAAUUGAUGAGCCACAGAGACAUGAACAGGUAAGAAGGGGCAAGAGAGAAGCUACUAAUUAAGGAACAAUAGCUCUGAAAAGCCUCUAGCACCAGUCUUCAUUAUGUAGGCUGGUGCCACAAUUGUGUUUUAAGACAAAAAUCGCCAAAAAUGUUUUUAAAAGGAUGGGAAAGUAACAUGGGAAUCACCAGGAUAUACAGUGGUACCUCGGGUUACAUACGCUUCAGGUUACAGACUCCUCUAACCUAGAAAUAGUACCUCGGGUUAAGAACUUUGCUUCAGGAUGAGAACAGAAAUUGUGUUCCGGCGGCAGCGGGAGGCCCCCUUAGCUAAAGUGGUGCUUCGGGUUAAGAAUAGUUUCAGGUUAAGAACGGACCUCCAGAAUGAAUUAAGUACUUAACCCAAGGUACCACUGUAACACAUUGCUGAUGUCAUCAGAAUUUCCUGUAAAAACAUAAUGAUUAAAGGAUGUUAUUUCAAAUUAAAUAGCAUGGAAGCAGUCUUAUUUUGCAAAACUAAAUUCUGGAUUUCUAAAGAUUAUACUCCCCAAAAGGGGGUUAGGGAGCAAAAAGUCAAAAAAGGCCUAGGAUUUUGUUUUGUGACAACAGAACAGAUCAAAUGGUAAAGGAAUGGGCUGCUAUCAUAGGAGUUGGAAGGGAUCCUAAGGGUCAUCUAGUCCAACCCCCGCAAUGCAAGAAUCUCAACUAAAGCAUCCAUGACAGCGGGCCAUCCAACCCUCUCUUUAAAAACCUCCCAAGGAAUAAGAGUUCUACACUUUCCAAUACAGUGGUACCUCGGGUUAAGUAUUUAAUUCGUUUCAGAGGUCCGUUCUUAACCUGAAACUGUUCUUAACCUGAAGCACCACUUUAGCUAAUGGGGCCUGCUGCUGCUGCCGUGCCGCCAGAGCACGAUUUCUGUUCUCAUCCUGCAGCAAAGUUCUUAACCUGAAGCACUACUUCUGGGUUGGCAGAGUCUGUAACCUGAAGCGUAUGUAACCUGAAGCAUAUGUAACCUGAAGUACCACUGUAGUGUCUGUUCCACUGCCACUGUUGGUUCCACCAAUUGCAGCAAACGCCCCUCCGUAGACCCCAUAACCAUCAAAAUGUAGCAGAUCCCACCUCUCUGUGUAACACCAUGCUCAAAAACUUCCACGGGUUAUCUAAGGUAAAAUUUUGAGACUCAGGCAGAAGUUGAACAAAUAAGAAAGAUUUGUUUUACAGAACAAAGUUGGCAGAACAAAUGAUGUGUCAGGAAAUGAUUAACUUAAUAAUUAUGCUAAAUAUCGUGGAUGCUACAGGGUUCUAAACAAAGUAGUAAAUGCACAGCUUUUAAACUUCAGUUGCUUAUUUUCAGUUACUACUCUUCAGUUAGGUGUUACAGGUUUCUAGACUAGAAAGUAAAUGUUCAACUUAUUUCUAGUUAGGUUACUUCAAUUUCUUAAAACGUAAUGGCAUAGGUGUUAAAUGCAUUUGUUCUUAAACAAGGUCAGUUUUUGUCAGUUUCCCAACCUUCUACCAAUCACACUCGUGAGGUACUUCUGGCAGUAUAACAAACCCAGGGGGUCACCACACCCCUCUUAACUUCUCCUUCUAGAAUAUCUCUCUCCUCCUGACUGAAAUGAGACUCCUUGUAUGGAGGUACAGUGGUACCUUGGUUAUCAAACGUAAUCCGUUCCAGAAGCCCGUUCCAAAACCAAAGUGUUCCAAAACCAAGGUGCGCUUUCCCAUAGAAAGUAAUGCAAAACGGAUUAAUCUCUUCCAGACUUUUAAAGGCAACCCCUAAAAGAGCAAUUUAACAUGAAUUUUACUAUCUAACGAGACCAUUGAUUCAUAAAAUGAAAGCAAUAAACUAUGUACUAUAAAGUAAAUAAUGCAGUACUGUAGAUGAUAAAAAUUUAAUUUAAUUUUUUUUCCCUUACCUGCACUGAUGAUAGUCAUUGUUUGGAUGGGGGGGGGGGCUAUUAUCUAUUCCAGCAGUCACACAAUCAAUCAGUCAGUAGCUGAACUGGGUUCCAUACAGGCACAACAUCAAAUUAACCCAAAAAACCUCAAAAACAAAAACGCAAAAUAAAUAGCAGAAACAAAAGCACCAAACUUAAUCUGUUCCGGAAGUCCGUUUGACUUCCAAAAUGUUUGAAAACCAAGACGCAGCUUCUGUUUGGUGCAGGCGCCCAGGAAACUAGCCGACAGCCGCAUUGGACAUUCGGCUUCUGAAAAGCAUUCGAAAACCGGAACACUCACUUCUGGGUUUUCGGCGUUUGGGAACCAAGGUGUUUGAAUGCCAAGGCAUUUGAGAACCAAGGUCUUUUUUCCACUUUCAGUUUCUUGAGUUGUUUAGUGGCAGGAAACAAACAAACAAAAAAAGGAUAUAAGAAUAUAGGAAUAUAUUCUGAUGUAUUCCGUAUAUCCCUCCUAUAUAAGGAUAUAGGAAUUCCUUUCCUACCGUCCAUUGUGAUCUUUAUUGUUUUUUUCCACAACAGACGGUGGUACUCACAGAUUUUCAAAUUAUAGAUUUUCUCCAUCAGAUGGAGGGGGCUGGUCUCCCAUUACAGUUUCCUGUCCCUAACAUAUUUUGAAGGGUUUUAAAAAGAGAGGGUGCAGUUUUUUUCUUUCUUAUAAGGUGAUUAUGUGGUGUUUGGUCAUGAGGGCAUUCUCCUCGACUUGCAGAAAAAUGGCUUUGAUCCAAGCCUCUUGAGAUCAGUCUUAUCUCCAGAUUGGUUUAAGAGCCAGGCUAUUUGACUAUUAGCAAUCACCAUGUGAUUAUCUUCUGUCAGUUGGAGCUAGUGGAACAAUUUCCAAACCCCUAUGCCUCUCUCCCAGAAGCCAGUGUCCCUUUUUGAUGGGUGGUUCCCAUUUUGGGAGAUUGGUAAGUUCUGGAUGGGGUUGCACUCCCUCUGAAGGAUGCUCCUGGAUACAUCUUUGUCAACAGAGGCCCAGGUGUCCUCUGUGGCUAGGAAGGCCUUUUACCGGCCUCAUCUGGUUUGAGAGCUAGCGCCAUUCCUGGACGUGAAUAGCCUGGCCGUUGUUGUCCAUGCUUUGGCUGGCUAUAAAAGGUAAAGGGACCCCUGACAGUUAAGUCCAGUCACAAACGACUCUGGGGUUGCGGCGCUCAUCUUGCUUUACUGGCCGAGGGAGCCAACGUUGGUCCACAGACAGUUUUUCUGGGUCAUGUGGCCAGAAUGACUAAGCCGCUUCUGGCAAAACCAGAGCAGCGCACAGAAACACUGUUUUACCUUCCCACCGGAGCGGUACCUAUUUAUCUACAGUGGUACCUCAGGUUAAGAAUUUAAUUCGUUCUGGAGGUCCGUUCUUAACCUGAAACUGUUCUUAACCUGAGUACCACUUUAGCUAAUGGGGCCUCCCGCUGCUGCCACCGCCGCGCGAUUUCUGUUCUCAUCCUGAAGCAAAGUUCUUAACCCGAGGUACUAUUUCUGGGUUAGCGGAGUCUGUAACCUGAAGCUUCUGUAACCCGAGGUACCACUGUACUUGCACUUUGACGUGCUUUCGAACUGCUAGGUUGGCAGGAGCUGGGACCAACAACAGCAGCUCACCCCGUCGCAGGGAUUCAAACCGCCGACCUUCUGAUCGGCAAGCCCAAGAGGCUCAGUGGUUUCGACCACAGCGCCACCUGCGUCCCCCUUGUCUGGGUAUAAAUGUGCUGUUAUGUGGGGCUGCCCUGGGGUCUGGUUUGGAAGCUCCAGCUGGUGCAGAACGUGGUGGUCAGACGGCUGCUGGGAGCUGCUGGUUGGCAACAUGUGACACCAUUGUUAAAAGAGCUGCCCUGGCUGCCAAUCUGCAACUGAGUCAGGUUCAAGGUUCUUGUAUUGAUUUAUAAAGCCCUUUGAUUGAUAUAUAUGUCAAUCAUGAUACAGUGGCAUACAAAUACUUUAUAAACAAACAAACAAACAAACCCUUCAAGCAAUCAAGUGUAUUCUCUGUGGGUUAUUUAUUCCUUACUAUAUUUUCUUCGCCAUAAAACAGAUAUUUAAAGAGCAGUUGGUUGAGUGAGUCUGAAUACCUUAAAACUUCCCAGAAAGUACUACAUUUGUAGAUACCAGAGUGAAUGGCACCUGCUGUUUCCCAAACUUUUACCUGUGUUAAUGAAUGUGAGCACAAAAACAGAAGAGGGUAAGAGUUCUGCUUUUAUUAACAUGGAUUGUGGAAACAGAACUUAGUAUGCUUAGUAUAAUUGGAAGACAGGGAAUUGGAAGCCCUCCCUAUUUCUUUUCAGCCUCUUUAAUAUCUUUCUUACGGUUCCUUUUUCUUUUUCCUCCUCCUUGUUAUACUUACGUUUUGUUCUGUAAUUUGAAGUUCCCUAUCCCAAGAUGAAGGGCCCUCUGUGAGGGGCAAGGCAAAGAGAAUCUCCCAGAGUGAGAGGCUGGGGGAAUAGGGUGAGGCUCCCAGGUGAGAGCCAGGAGGGCUCACUUUUCUGUGUGUGGAAUAAGGGUUAAGACUGAAUUUUGAUAGAGGAUUUUGUAAGUUCCUUUUCUUUUUUUCUCCUCCUUUGCUCAUCUUCCCCCCCAUCUUUUUCUUGUUUAAAUUAGUGUGAUUUUUAUUGUAGCUUAUGUGGAAAAUUUUCAAUAAAAAUUGAUUUUUUAAAAAAGAACUUAUUCUGUGUUCAUUCUAAUUGAUAAAUACUAAAUUUAAGGAGCACACUGUAAAAAUCCAGCAAUUUUGGCUGCUGGCACGUCUUUAGUGCUGAAGCUGGUGGUGACAGAGUGCUCCUUUUGUAUUCCUUCUCUGUGUGCACACCUGUCAGUUUGGAGAAAAGUCAGUGAAGAAUAACUUUUUUUGGAGCUGAUGAACCUGUGUAAUAGUAAUCAUGAGUUGCUUAAGUUUGCAAGGGGAGGAAUCUGCUGCUGUAGAGUUUGUUUCUUUUUUUGUGGAAAUCUUCAACUCAUGUCCCAGAACAGCCAUGGCUCCCUACGCAGCCUUGAAGCUCACUUGUGGUAGUUAAUCUUACCUGUAGUUUAGCCUACUUUGUAAAGUUUUGCAGAAAUUAAAUUAUGCUACCACCACCCCUAGAAAAAUAAUGUACAAGGCACAAACAUUGUACUUUUCUCCCAUUUACAUGAGAUCCAGUUCUUAGUUUGACUAUACUGACUGUAUAAAGCAGUCAUAGCUGAAGAGUCAUGCUAGAGGGCUCUACUUGGACAGAUGUCCAUUUAACAGCUGUGCUGUUCCAAAAACAUUUGUAAUUCCUGAAUAGUUCAAAGGUGGACUAAACAUCACUAUAAAACUGAGCUGAAGCUCUGACAGUGGAAUGAUCUAAGUAGAGAAUGGAGUGUUGCUAGUUUCUUUAAUAUGGUUUUGUGUAUUUAUCAUCACAAUUUUCUCAUGCAGAACUGAUCACAAAAUCUCAUUUUAUAGUGAGGGUUUGUGAACUGAAGCCUAGUAACUUAGAGGUGCCGUUAGCUGCAGUCAAGAUGCCUUAAAUCUUUAACAGCAGGAAAUGGAAUUUUGCAGUGUUGAUUACAUUCAAAAACAGUGAAGUACAACCCAACCCUUUAACACUUGUUGAAUGAAUAAAAUAAAAUAGUGGUAAAACUAGUAUCAGAUGGCAUUGCCACAGCAAUCUGUAAAAUCUUUCUUAACAAACUUGGUUUACUUCUCAGGGUAGCAUGGCUUCCUAGUAGUUCAUAUAAAUAUUGUUUUGUUUCCCCCGCUACAGAUUAUCAAGAAAGAAGGGACAGGGACCGAAUCACCCAUGAUUGGUGAUAAAGUGACUGUUCACUAUAGUGGGUGGCUUCUAGAUGGCACAAAAUUUGACUCAAGCCGGGACAGAAAGGACAAGUUCUCGUUUGACUUCGGCAAAGGUAGUGUGUUCUAUGCCUUGUACACAAUAACAUGAUCUCUUCAAUAGCAUUUUUAAAGAGUGAUGCAUUGCAUAUUCCAUAUUAAAUGUUGAUCCUCUUCUUAAGUUGCAGUGUAAAAUGUUCGUUGUCCUACACUUUUGUAUAUAAUUGUCUUCUCAUUAUGGGAACAGAAUUUAAUUGUUAUGUGGUUUCAUAAAUACAGUUGAAUAGAAGCCACAAUAGCAUAUGCAGGUUUGCUUUCACAAUUGUUGUUUGUCAGGAAUGCCACACAGGCUAUUUUCACUUGUUGCUCUGUUAAAUAGAAAUGUAUCAAGCUAAUACGAUGAGUAUAAAUUGUUAGGCACAACUACAGUUUGCACAAAUAUAAGUGUAAUGAAGUACCGUAUUUUUCGCCCUAUAGGACGCACUUUUUCCCCUCCAAAAAUGAAGGGGAAAUCUGGGUGCGUCCUAUGGGGCGAAUGCAGGCUUUCGCUGAAGCUUGGAGAGCGAAAGGGGUCGGUGUGCACCAACCCCUCUCGCUCUCCAGGCUUCAGGAAGACAUCCGCAGCCUGCUUCCCGGAGCGUCGGGCGCCCUGAAAGCAGAGCGCCCGGCGCUUCGGGAACACAUCCGCAGCCUAGGCAGCCCUUCGGGAGGUCCCACAGGGCUCCCCACGCUGCAGAUAGCAGCCUGCCGCCCGGCGGGCGAGGCGCCCUGAAGCAGAGCGCCCCGCGCGCCGGACAGACAUCCACAGCGUGGGGAGCCCUGCAGGAGUUCCCCGCAGGGCUCCCCACGCUGCGGAUAGCAGCCUGCCGCCCAGUGGGCUGGGUGCCCUGAAGCAGAGCGCCCCUCGCGCCGGGCAGACAUCGGCCAGCCCCACAAGCUCGGGGGACAGCAGGGAGGCACAGCGCCGCCAUCCCGCUAUUCCUCGACCUGGUUCGGUUUCCCCGACCUGCUUUUGGGGGGGAAAUAAAGGGAAACAUUUUUUCCUUUAUUUCCCCCCCCAAAAAACUAGGUGCGUCCUAUGGGACGGAGCGUCCUAUGGGACGAAAAAUACGGUAUAAUAUGUACAAAAAGCUUUGGCCAGGGACAAUUUUGAGCAUAGAAGUGAUGAGGUUCUUAAGGUGAAGCCAAUUAUUUCCCCUCAGCAGAGUUCCAUUUUUUAUGUUUAAUGCCUCAAAUACAUAUCUGGAGAGGCAAAAUCAUCUUGAAUGGAGGGUGGUUAUUUGGAGCAGGAAAAACAGCUUUCUGGGACAGAGUUAAGUACCUAUUCUACCCUGCUGCCAUGGACGAGGUUCCAUUGAUGGAGAAAGGAAGUAUCAGCCAUACCUCUAGAGAUAUUUGGGAGAAAGUCCUGUUUCCAGAGAGAAGAAGGUUCUGAAGUCCAUAUUCUGUUCUAGUCUCUAUUACUGUGACAGCAGAACUGAGCUUACAAUUUUUGUUGUUUUAAAUUACCUGCCACAAUUAUUGUUCUCUUAAAGCAGGGUUUCCAAAACUUGGGUCUCCUACUGUUUUUGGACUACAAUUCCCAUCAUCCCUAGCUAGCAGAAACAAUGAUCAGGGAUCAGCUUUCCAAAAACAGCUAGAGUUCCAAAUUUGGGAAACCCUGUUUUAAAGUAUUCCAGUACUUUUAGUAAUAAUCUGUGAACUUCCUCUUCACUUUUUCUUCUUCAACAUUCCUAAUAUGGAUAGACAAGUGUCAAAGAGGUGUCCUGAUUCUUUAGUUCAGUUGGAGUUUGUGACCUUCUUUGGGGCUUAUCCCUGCAAUGUAUUUGCUUUUUGCUAGCAGAGAGAAUGUGGAUAAAUGACUACUGAUGACAGCAGCUUCUUACAGGUGCUUGCUUUUUAGUAAUGUGGCCAAAUUCUUCUUUUUAGGUGAAGUCAUCAAAGCUUGGGACAUCACCGUGGGAACUAUGAAACUUGGAGAACUUUGUCAAAUAACUUGCAAACCAGAAUAUGCCUAUGGCUCUGCUGGCAGUCCCCCUAAGAUACCUCCCAAUGCCACACUGAUUUUUGAGGUAAGCCAGGGAGGCUGUUCUUUCAUCUGUAGCAGAAGCAGGACAACUGCUGUCCAAAGCAGCUGUUCAUGUUUGCCAAGGCUAAAAGCUGAACAGCUGGUGCCAAAGGCAGCAGAAUCAAUGAGUCCCUGUAGAUAUGGAACUUGGUUGGCGAAAACAGAACAAUAUUUGAAGAGUACAGGCCCUGUAUUACCUUUGUUGUAAGAAAUGAAAUAACAGAUUUAUUCAUUCAAGUUUACUGCUGUAAGUAUAAAACCAAAUUCAGAAAUAAAACAGAAAAGUUGACCAAGUGAUAGAGUAAAAGAUCUCAAUGUAAUUAAAACAUAGAAUCUUAGAGUCUUCAAAAUGUCUUUCCGGUAAAAAUGGUUUAGUCAGCCAUACAAACUGCAAGAGAAACGGCUGAAAAGAGAGUUCAGUUUGAGGGCUCUGCCUUUUGCCUUCCUGCACCUGCAUGUGAAGCAGAACUGAUGGUCUUAGCAUGUGGUAAUGGAAAGGGACUCAAUUGGGAAGAGGCAUUCUCCUAGGUACCCAUUCCAAUAUUGCAUUAGCUGAAUACUCCUUUCAUAGUUCUGGUCACUGGGCUAGCUUUUCAAUAAUUCUUUUUUUUUUUUUCCCUUGUUCAUUUUUAUUUUAACUUCAUUUUGUAUCAUACAUGUUCAAAUUAUCUGUUUCAAUUCCCCACCCCCACCCUGGUUUUAAAGUAGGGUUACUUAAAAUAAUAAUAAUAAUAAUAAUAAUAAUAAUAAUAAUAAUAAUAAUAAUAAUUAAUACCUCUUUAGAUAAUGCUACUUUUCCUCCUACUUUUCUGUGAUAAAGUCAACCCUUCACAAUUUCACCAUGGGCUAAAUCUGAAUUUGCAUUAUUUUGUUCAUUCCUCUAGAUAGAGCUGUUUGAGUUCAAGGGCAAAGACCUCACAGAUGAUGAAGAUGGUGGAAUUAUCCGAAGAAUUCGUAAGAAGGGAGAAGGCUACUCCAAACCCAACGAGGGAGCUAUGGUAGAGAGUAAGUAGCAGUAAAAAGAUGAUGGAUGGGGAUGUUGAGGCAGGUCCCAUAACAGACACUUUUUAUGCAUUUGGGAGCGUGAAUAAGUUUCUAAGUGCAUUGACUCCUUAAACCAGAAGUUUUUUGUUCUGUUAUCAAAGAACUUCCUUCAAAAAAAGAAAAGAAAAUGGCAUUAUGUUAAAAUUAGUAUCUGAAGUCCUGCUCUCCUGGUCUCAGCUAACAGGCAUCAGAGAUGAGCCCUUUUCUAUGGUGACCCUGCAUUGGAAGACUGUUCCCAGGAAAAGACCUUUCUUUGUUGGCUUUGGCAGAAUGGGGAACAUGUGGCCCUCCAAAGGUCCCGUCCCCCCAACUACCAUCAGUCCCAGCUAGCAUAGCUGAUGGCUAGGGAACAGAAAUUGUAUAUGGAGAUAUUUUUCUUCCUGUCCAUGUUUGGGUAAUUUUAUGGUGCUGAGUUUUUAUAAUUGUUCGGCUUUUACUAUUUUUAAUGUUGUAUUGUUAACUGCUUUAAUAUUCUGGAAUUUUAGUGUACCAUUACUUUUUGUUGACUGUGUUGCAAACCAUCCUAAAAGGCAUGGUUUGACUGUAUUAAGUAACUAUACCUCUGUCUCCUCUCAUACCAUGCUGGAUAAUCAUGCUUAGUAUUGACAUAGUGCUUUAAACUGCUGAGAGAGGAUAAUAUAUAUAAUCCCAGUAAUCCCGUCUAAACAUGCCAUUUUUUGUAUCAGUUGAGGUGGAAGGUCGGCAUGGAGACAGACUAUUUGACAAACGGGAGCUGCGGUUUGAAGUAGGAGAGGGAGAAAACUAUGACCUUCCUCCUGGCGUGGACAAAGCACUUCAGAAAAUGGAUAAGUUGGAAGAGUCCGUGGUGUAUCUCAAGCCCAGGUAUAUACGCCUUGCUUUGAAGCAAUCCUGAAACACCACUUUCUUGGGUGCAUGAGGCACAAGCUAUUGUUGCCACUGCAAAUAGACUCAGCUUUGGGGAUUGGGUAUAUCUGUAGGCAGUCUUAUGAGGUUGCUUAUUUAGAGGUGGGUGAUGUGAUGCCUUUCGAAGGAGGAAAAACAAGCAGAUCUGGAUCUUAGAAGCGUCUCAUUUCUUUCACAGCUAUGGUUUUGGAAGUGCUGGGAAACCAAAAUUUCAGAUCCCUCCAGAUGCAGAACUACAGUAUGAAAUCAAACUUAAAAGUUUUGAAAAGGUAAGCAAAGGAGGGGUUUCUUCUAAUGAAAAGGAGAUAGAAAGAGGGUUCACAUUAAUCCAUCCAUGAUAGGAUGUGUGUGGCAAAAGAAAUAGAAAUGUAUUACAAUAACUUGCAUAAAAUGAAGCUACAUUAUACUUUCCAACUUUUAUUAUUUUUAUUGAUUUAAACUUGUUUGUUCCAUGUGAAAUUACUAUUGUUUUUUGUUGUAAUAUAUCUGGAGCAGGUUAGGGUGGGGAUGGUUUUAAAAAUCCGCUGCUACAACCUUUGGAAUCCCUGGUGAAGGGUGGGAAUGGCCUCAUCCUGUUUGGGGGGUGGGUUUUUGAUACCGCCAGCUAUGCACACCGUUCCACAAUGGAAAGCCACAGCACAUCAAAAGGCUUCAUGGAGAGCAGCAUUGAAAGCGAAGGCCAGAAGCUCAAUAGCUUGUGACAGCUUUUGUAGUCAGUCAGGAACUUUUCCCUCACUCUCUCUCACAGUGUGAGAUUUCAGUUACAAACUCUGGGACAGGAAAUUUCCACUUGGGUGCAAAGGGGGUGCUCUUGGGUUGCAAAAUGCAACUGGCACCCAGUUAGUUUUGAACACUGGUUUGAUUUCACCCCCAGAGGCACACUCCGUUGUCUUUCGAGAAAGAUGGACGCCAGCGACAAUUAUACUUAAUGAAUGUAUAAAGUUUUCUUUAAAAAAUUAAUAAAUCAAGGUUGCUCUUAAUCCCAUCUUCCUUUCUGAUUGAUACCUGAAUGCUCUAGAGGAAUUUCCACCUAAUACUGCUAGUUCCCUGCCAGUCUUAGUCUCACUGUGGAAUGGUGGUGUCAUGACUCAGUGACCAGGAUAAACAAAUCAGAAGCAUUAGGGUUAAUGUCGGAGGAACUAGAGCAGAGGUCUGUUGAACCUAGGAGGCAGGAGGCUGCUGAACCUGUUCCCUCACACCAAAGCCAGGACCCUCACAAGCCCCUUUCCUUGGUCUUCAUAAACCAAGUUUCUCCCACACUUACCUCGCCAGCCCAACAGCACAGGGAAUGUACCUUAGUAGGAAGCCAGUGAGUAAAGGAGACGCACCACUUUUCAAGCCAGAGCCAUGUCUGCUCUCCCCAGGUCACACCAACAUGAACCCUGUUAUGCAUCCUCCUAACUGUUUUCACCAGGGUGAAGUAUGUCAUUAAACUGUGAUCAUGCCUCUUGCAUGCCUGCAUUGGAGAAUGGAAGGGUGUGUUUUGCGGGGGGGGGGUUGCUAUUGUGUGGCUGGAAGGUAUUCUGUACAAAAGACAAGAGUCACAUUUCAGCAUUUGUCUAAAAACUGGAAGAAAGGGAGAUUGGUAGAUCUCCCUGGGAAAGGAAUUCUACAACUGUCUUAUCUAUCACACAUAAAAUUAAAUUAUAUGAUAUAGCAGUUGUCAAAUUUAGGCUGCAAUCCUGUAGUUGUAUACCUUGGAGCAAGUGCUAUUGAACUCAGUAGGACUUCUGAGUAAACAUGGAUGCAGUUGCACUGUUAAGUAAUAAAUAAUAUAACCUUGAAAUAUUAUCACCUCACAUUUCAAAUCAGUAGUUUCUGAUUUGAGCUUUCAAUUUCAUCUCCAUGGAUUUCACAGAAAACUGUCUUACAUAAUUAUUAGAAAUCAUUCGGAGGACAUAAAGGGCGGGUAAAACAAAAUUUUGAAACCUUGUAUUUAGAAACUAUUUUACUCAGUAUUUUAAAAGAAAAUAGUUCAUAAAAACCCAAUGCCCCCAAUUUCUAUUUUUUCCAUUGGACAUAAUUGAGAGAAGACCACUGGAAAGAUGCUUUGUUGCACUUUGGCUGCGACAGGGAACCACGUUGCAGAUAGAUCUAGAAGCUAUAAAAACAGCAUAGCACAAUCUGAUGUUUUGGGAUACUGUAUAGGGAGAAGACCCAAAAAUAAAGGAAGGGACAGCAAGGCGCUAAAUGCUAAAUUUCUGCUGUGUGCAGCAUCGGCAUACGAGACGUACAGACAUAGCUCAAGAGAUGUAUUAUUCCUCUGACUUACAUUUAACUAGCCCUGAAUGUGGUGACCAGGUUACCCUUGCUUGCUGCUUUCAUUUUCUUGUGCCACAUCGUCAGUUUGUGGUUUAUGGCCAGCAGUAGAGGCAGUAAACUGACAUGUGUAUCUGCUUGCCUGGUGUCUCUCCACUUUACGCUUCUAUACAGUUACAUGCCAUUCUUCCAUAGAUGCCUUGUCUUCAAAAAAGCACCCCGUUGAUUGGUUUCUUUUUUGUCUGGACAGGCUAAGGAGUCGUGGGAGAUGAACACCAAUGAAAAGCUGGAACAAGGGUCCAUUGCAAAGGAAAAGGGCACUCAGUAUUUCAAAGUGAGUGUAAUAGGGGAUUUCAAACACCCCUGGCAGAUACUGAAGUAAUGUUGAGUGUGCCAUAUCUUUUGAUUUGCAUUCCUCUGAAAUUGUGGUAUGGGUGUAUGAUUGGAAUUUGGAUUAUUGAUGACUAAAAGCACUGUAUGUUGGAAUGGAAGGAAACUGUUUCCAAUGCUGAAACUUGCUUAUAGGUACCAUAGUCAUAAAAGUGAGGCCCAUAGUUUCACUAGCUCAUUCUAAUGCCCCAAAAUCUACCUGAGUGUGAUGUACAGCAAAGUUUUCAAAGCUUUAUUAAUCUAUAUUGUACUCUGCCUACGGCCAGAGCCGUCUUACCCAUAGGCGCUAGGGCUGCAGGGUGCCAUGCUCUCAGUGGCGCUAGGCCGAGAGUCCGGGGUCUUGACAGGCCAGUCUUGACAGACUCUAGGGUUGUGCGCCCAUCUCACUCAAGAGGCCGGGGGCCAGCGCUGUCCGGAGACACUUCCGGGUCACGUGGCCAGCGUGACAUCGCUGCUCUGGCGAGCCAGCGCAGCACACGGAACGCCGUUUACCUUCCCGCUAGUAAGCGGUCCCUAUUUAUCUACUUGCACCCAGGAGUGCUUUCGAACUGCUAGGUUGGCAGGCGCUGGGACCGAACAAUGGGAGCGCACCCCGCCGCGGGGAUUCGAACCGCCAACCAUGCGAUCAGCAAGCCCUAGGCGCUGAGGCUUUUACCCACAGCGCCACCCGCGUCCCAUGAGCUGAGGUAGAAUUCACGUUCUGCCCAACUAACCAUGCACGGCUACCUGCAACUAAAGCUACAUUAGAAUUUUUGCCCUAUUCUAGCUUCAGCUGAACAUAAUGGUGACAUUAUGUCAGCCUGCCUGCUGAUCUGCUGGGUAGGGAAUAUGGCCCUCUAAUCCAUUUGAGUCUGAUGCCAUACUGAUUGCAUUCCAGGAGGGAAAAUACAAACGGGCAGCAUCACAAUACAAGAAGAUAGUGUCAUGGCUGGAACAUGAAACAGGACUCUCGGAUGCAGAGGAAGCAAAGGCCGAGAGCUUGAGACUUGCUGCCCAUCUGAACCUGGCCAUGUGCCAUCUGAAGCUGAAGGAGUAUUCCCAGGCCUUGGAGAACUGCAACAAAGUAAGCAGCACUUUAGAUAUCCAGGAAUGCAGGCAGGAGUGUCAGCCAGUAAUAACAAGCUUCCCGGGCCGUGCUGUGAUUGAAGAUGUGCAAAGGAUACCCAAAUGGUACCCUUUAUUGGACUGGUGAUAUAGUGUGUAUGUGGGUUUAAAAUAAUAAAAUCCUUUUAUUUGUGAAGCUGUUUUCAGACCAGUUGGUUUUCCAGCUAACACAGCAGCUGCUGCACUCCUGUGACAUGAAAAACUGAGUUGCAAAAGCUGAAAAUGGGAAUACUAUUCCAUAAAACUUUAAUUAAUUGUAUAUUCAUGGCCUGUGCCAAGUAGGGGAACUUGAGAAGAACUCACUAGCUUAUCUCCUUUCUCUUCUCUUAUUGUAUCCCCAGUAUGUGCAAAUACCUCCCUGCUGAUAUAGAAGAGGAUAAACAAACUAGUGUCAUAUGUGAACAGCUUUCCAAAGCUGGAUUGCGCCCCUAAAACUGCCCUAACCCCACUAGUUACAGAAUGGAUGCCCAGGCAGAUUGUGUGCUGUCUGACUCAGAACACCCCUUCCCCCAACAUAUUCCCACUCCCCAACUGCUGUAAAACUAAAUGAAGGGGAGGCGGGAAGCUAAGAACAGCCUUUGUAAUCUGGGCAUUUGUGUGGGGAAAUGGCUGAAAGUCGCUCAGUGAAUACCUUUCCAACCCGACCUAUUUUGAGUCGGAAAGGGUGGUGAGCUGAAAAACAGUCAGAGAUGGAAAGUUAAGCAGCCAUUUUCUCCCCCAAACUCUUGUUUUGGCCGUUCAAUUCUCAACAUCCAAAAGCUGCUUUUAAAUCUGCUUUUGCUUUAAAAUGGUUUGGGAGAAGAUGCUUACACCGUACCCAGUUUAGGCCCUUGCCUCCCAUUAGCCACUGAUAAACCACUUCUCCAUGAAUUUGACUAAUCUUUUUUACCUUGAAUCUAUCUAAGCUAUUGGCCAUCGCACCUUGUGAGUGAGUUGUGAAUAGCGUAGAUGGAGUCAAAUAAUGAGAAGGCAGAUUGACAGAGGAGAGGUCUAUCCAUCCAUACGAACUAUAAUGGCAGAACCUAUACUUUGGAAGACCAAGGAGCAAAUAGAAGCAGCAGGGGAAGAGAUUCAUGCUGAUCAUCUGGCUGGUCACUGCUGAGAACAGAAUGCUAAAAUAGCCUCAUGCAGCAGAGCAGUUCUUUUUCUGUAUCAAUACUUUUCUUCCCAGUCCCCCAAGCAAGCACAUGCUUCCUCUUUUCUCUUUGCUGCUGCUCCCUCCCUCCCUCCUUCUUUGGAUAAGUGAGGCUGCUGCUGUAUCUCAUCCCCUCCCUCUCUAAGGCUGCUGAGCUGUAUCUGUCACACAUAAACCUUUAAGAUGUUUUAGGUCUCUUACUGGAGGUCUUCACCACAUUUUGAGAGCCUAGGUUAUAACAAGUACAUUAUACUCCAUUUUGUGUUGAAACACAACAUUUCCUUUAAGUGCAUGCUUCAAAAGCACCAGAGAUGUCUAGCUGUAUGUUCUCACGAUGAUGUUUGGAUAUUUUUCCUAAUAUUUUUCCUUUACCUUGUCUCACCUGCCUGCCAGGCUCUGGAGCUAGACAGCAGCAACGAGAAAGGCCUUUUCCGCCGUGGGGAGGCUGAGUUGGCUGUCAAUGACUAUGAACUAGCCAGAGCAGAUUUCCAGAAGGUGCUGCAGCUCUACCCAAGCAACAAAGCAGCCAAAGCGCAGCUAAUAAUUUGUCAGCAAAAGAUCCGUGAGCAGCAUGAGAGAGAAAAAAAGAUGUAUGCCAACAUGUUUCAAAGACUUGCAGGCAAGGAAGCAAAGGUAAGCAGGAGUGUUCUGCAGAAUCACACCUACAUUUUCACCAGUAAACAAAAUAGUCUUGUCUUCACCCAAACUUGUAUACUAUAAGAGGGCGAUUUCAUUUUUCUCUAUGGAUUGUCAGUGUUUCAGCAGUUUUCCUAAAAUACAUUCCUCUUGGAACAUAUUUAGGUGCUCCCAAGCCAUUCCUUACUUUUAAACCGUCUUAAGUCCCCAGCUCCCUGGGUGGUCAUGAGAUGAGGGUGGUUACUUUUUCCUCUCUUGAAAAAGUACCUUAAGCUACAGGAAGAAUUUGGAAGAGGGACACUCUUUCCCAUUCCAUCUUUCAGCUCUACGUGCUGAACAUCUACUGGAUCCAACUUCUAUCCAGAUCCCUUAAAAGUGAAGUGUGUGACCCACUUUCUCCUUUUGGGUGGGGGAGCUGAUCCAGGGGAGCGGGGGGGAAGUGAUCAUAGGAGAUGGUACUUGCAGCACUUGCUCAAAAAUUAAAAUGUGCUCUCAGGCCUCAGAAGGUUGACAGCUCCCGAUGUAAGCCCUCUGUUAGUUGUUUCAUAACUCUUCAAUUUGGAUUAUAUUCCUUUGGUUUAGAAGAUUACUGUAUUAAAAACUGGGGAACCCUGCUUUAAUAACACUCAUGCAACUUAAGAGGUGAGAUUCCUUCUUACCGUAUUUUCCUCUGCCAUAUCUUUUCCGUAGGUGGAAGCUGAUGCAGUCUGCAGAGAAGAGACAGAAAUGAAAGAUGACAAACAGAAUGGAGUUGAAGAAAAAGCAGAUGAUGUAGAAGCUUGAAGCUGAAAUGCAGUUCUGUUAGUUUUGUAAAACUGAAGAAUUUCCAGUGAACUAGACCUUUAUUUUUCUAUCUGAUUGAAUAAGAGGCAGGGGCUGGGGCUAUGGUGCUGCUUUAUGUCUGUCUGCAUAGGAAAUGUGAGUGGCAGAGCAGACCUGGAGUAAUCUUAGGGACGUUAUUUAUUCAAUCAUGCAUUCUGACUUGGUUGCUCUUGAUCUUGGGAAUUCUAUCAGGAUCAUUUCCUCCUUAGUUCCAUUUUGUUUUUUCACUGACAUCUCUCUUGGGUUCCACUUUAAUCUAAUCCCAAAUCCCACUCUUCACUUUGUUUCUUUGGCCUUUUUUUAAAGUUCUUACCCACAAUAAGGUAAUUGUAUGGGAGACUUAUGAACAAACAAAACCACUAUGUCCCUUCUACUAUAGCCUCAUCCUGUCUUAUUUCCUCUGUCAACACAAGCAUCCUUCUCCCAUGGGCAAGUGUUGUCACCUUUCUUGUAAUGCCUCCCCUUUUGCACAUUGCUGAAGAUUAAGACUGUGAGGUCCAAAGCUUGAGCAAUAAAGUACCAAAAAAAAAGAAGGAAGUGUUGAGUAGAUGCCAUGUUCUGUGAAACUUUGAAUUAAACUACCACGAGGCGUUCACACAGCAUCCAUAAAAACAGUGCUGAAACACACCAGCCAGAGAGCAACACCUGCAUUCUAGCCGUGAAUGGAAAGAUGCAAUCCAUGCACAUCAGGAGCAGCCAAUGCCCACCCCCAGUGUCCUUGGAAAGAAUGGUAAAUUGCGAUACAGUGCCCUUUGGAGGCAUUUGCUGGGCAAUGGCUGCAAACCAGGCUAGGAACUCCACCAGUCCCUGUGGCAGUAGUAUUAAAAACAAACAAAACAAAACAAAACAAAACGAACUGAGGAAGGAAACCUGUGUUGCCAACCCCACCCUACAUAAUUAUACUGGUUAUCCCUUAAAAAAUGUUUUAAAAAUAAUUACACUUAUGCAGCUGUGUAAUGGGACUGUGAGGCACCAUACUGGAGUAUAUGGUGGUGUGCCAUAAUUUACUGCAGAAUCGAUGAAAUAUUGGGGUCCAUUCGGUUUUGAGUGGAGAAAAUGGGAUGUCGGGGGGGCGGGGGAGAAUCUCCCCUGGGUUAAAUUGGAGUAUGUUGAUUUAUACUAGCUCCUCUUUCAUCUUUGCCAGAGGUAGGAGCAACAUCUGAGGAAGAUUAUUUCUCACUUGUUCCCCAUGUGUAUUAGGUCUGGCCUAAUACACAUGAGUCUAGCACACAUUUUCAGGCAAACAGGUCUGCCAUCCUGUUUUAACACAAUAAGCUCAAAUUAAAUCUUAACAUUUAUUGAACCCAAGCGUUUAGCAUGCACACACCUGAGAAGCAGCAGAUGGGAAUUCAAGUGCCACCAGGAGGAAGAGGGACAUAUAAUACUCUAACUUCAAAAUGUCAGAACAAAAGAUAGGGGCUCCUGAAACUUAACUCAUAUUGUAGCAACCCUGGUCCUGAAUGUAACUGUGCCCCUGAAGGACCACAGGUGCGCAGCCUGGGAGCCAUUUUGGACUCACAGCUGUCCAUGGAGGCACAGGUUGGUCUGUGUCCAGGGCAGCUGGUCUACCUGCUCCAUCUGGUACGAGGCUAUGACCCCACUGCCCGCAGACUCAUCUUGCCACAGUGGUGCAUGCCUCAGCUAUUCCUACCACUGCAAGGUGCUCUACAUGGGGCACCUUUGAAGGCAACUUGAACUGCAAUUAACCUGGUAAUGCGGCAGCGCCACUGGUGACUGGGGAGGCCACAGGACCAGUGAGUAACACGGGUUCAGAGACCGCCAGCCCACGCUCCGGCACAGACUCCUCUCAAAGUGUUGGUGCUGACUUUGUAAGCCCUAACGCUUCGGUCCUGUAUACCUGAAGGAGCGCUCUACCCCAUCGUUCAGCCCGGACACUGAGAUUCAGCGCCAGGGCCUUCUGCAGUUCCCCAUUGUGAGAACUAAGGUUUCAGGGAACCAGACAGAGGGCCUUCUCUGCAGUGGUGCCUGCCCUGUGAAACGCCUCCCAGCAGAUGUCAAGGCAAUAAACAACUAUUUUACUUUUUAAAAGACAACUGAAUGUUCUUAGGUAAAGUUUUAAUGUCUGAUGCUGUACUGUUUUUAAUAUUCAGUUGGAAGCCGCCCAGCCAGAUGGGCAGGGUAUAAAUAAUAAAUUAUUAUUAUUAUAUUACAAGCUCUACAGAAGAGCUCCCUUGCCACCAGCCAGAGCUGCAGACAGGUAUCAUACAUGGAGCAUUUGUGAAUGCACCCAGCUCCAACACCCAGUUGUCAUCACCAGGCACCAAGGGCUGCUUAUUUUUUAUGUGUAAGGGGUGCCUGGCUCAAAUCUAGGGCCAAAGGCCCUUCUGCCUGUUAGGCUAGCCCUGCUGGGUAGCAUCCCAGCAUAACUCAUUGCCCAGAUCCCUCCUCAUGACUAGACAACAACAAAAGCAGUGCUCACCCCACAUCUGCCCCCUAAAAGGCUGGUCCCUGACCAUACAGCUCUAUACAGCUCAUCUGACUGAAGAAAGAAGAGAGGCCUCUGGCCUGAGCCCACUGGGCUGCUGCCUCCUUGCAGCCACGUCCUGGGUUCAGCUGCAGCCACAGUCUAUUAGGGCACUGCAUGUGGUCCACCAUAUGUUGUGGGGCUCAAACUCCCAUCAGCUCCCCAGGCAGCAUGGCCAAAAGGGGAUGAGUUGCAGUCCAACAACCUCUGACCGGCUGCUGAUUCCCCACCCAACCAUAUGUCAAGGUGCAGGGGACAACCCCUGUCUAUCACUGUCCUACAAUAAAGCUUAUAUUGUGGUGGUGUUUUUUUCAAAUUUUAUUUUUAAAUUUCAAACUCAGAUUGAAAUUUAGAUAGAAGAAGGGGUCGGAUAUCUGAACUCUUAUGUUUUAAGUCCUAGCUUUAUAAGUCCCAGUCACAGAUGCACCCUUCUUUGGCGAUCCCUCGUAGCCAAGUAAGGUUGUCUUCCAUGAACACGGUUUUAACAGUGAGUCCGUAAGUGACUGGAGGCUAAUUCUGGAUCCACACAUCCUUCCACAGUAGGUUUCCGGGCAGGAGUUGAUCACGGUGAGGGUUUGCCAAACGUGCCUUCCUCUUAGCAUGUUUCUCCCUUUCGUCCUGAGUUCGAGCGUCUUGAAAGCCCACAGCACCUUUGGUAAAGGCUGUUCUCCAACUGGAGCGCUCACAGGCCAGUGUUUAUACUAGAUUUUUUUAGAUUUGCCUUGAGACAAUCUUUAAACCUCUUUCGUUGACCACCAGCAUUAUGCUUUCCAUUUUUAAGUUCAGAAUAGUUGCUUUGGAAGAUGAUAAUCAGGCACCCGCAGAACAUGACCAGUUCAACAAAGUUGAUGUUGAAGAAUCAUUGCUUCAACACUGGUGAUCUUUGCUUCUUCCAGUACACUGGUAUUAAUUCGCCAGUCUUCCCAAGUGCUGUGUAAAAUAUUUUGGAAACACCAUUGAUGGAAUCUUUCGAGGAGUUGGAGAUGACAUUAAUAAGUGGUCCAUGUUUCACAAGCAUACAGUAAGGUUGGUAGUACAAUAGCUUUGUAAACAAGCAUUUUGGUUUCCCUGCGAAUGUCGCAGUCCUCAAACACUCUGCACUUCAAUCGGGAGAAAGCCGCACUUGCAGAGCUCAGGCGAUGCUGGAUUUCAGCAUCACUGUUGACUUGUGGAAAGAUAACUGCCUAGGUAGGAGAAGUGAUGGACAUUUUCCAACGUUACACCAUUGAGUUGGAUUUGUGGCGCUGCAGAGGGGUUAUUUUGUACUUGUUGGUGCAGCACUUCGGUUUUUUGGAUGUUGAGCGACAGGCCAAGCUUUUCGUAAGGUUCUGUGAAGAUAUUUCGGAUGGUUUGGGGGUCAUCCUCUGAGAGUGCACACACUACGUUGUCAUCAGCAUACUGAAGCACUAUGACGGAAGUUAUGGUAACCUUACUCUUUGCUUUCAGCCUGCUCAGAUUGAAGACCUUUCUUUCCAUCUGUUCGAUACAUGAUUUCUACCCCAGUGGUGAGUUUCCCUUCAACAAAGUGUAGGAUCAUGGCAAUGAAAAUAAUGAAUAGCUUUGGGGCAAUAACACAACCCUGUUUAACACCUGAUCCCACUGUGAAUGGUUCACUUUGAGAGUCAUUGUUAUCUGCAAUUGUUGCUGUCAUAUUAUCAUGGAGGAGCCGAAUGAUGUUCACAAAUUUAUCUGGACAGCCAAUUUUCAGAAGGACAGUCCACAGGGCAUUAUGAUUUGCAGUGUCAAAAGGUCAAUAAACACCAUAUACAGG